UCUACAUGGUGAGGAGUGGAAUCAUCCUGAUUGUGCACCUAUCACCAUGGUUGAGACCCGUACUGGGCUAGAGACUAACCCCUAUAGCAAGGAGCAGCAAGAAAAGAUGGCCGCCUUAGUCAGAGAGAACAAGGAGAGAAAAGAGCGCGAGAAGCAGGCGAAGCUAAAGGCUAUCGUCGAUGAGCAGGCGGCAAAGAUGAAGAGGUUGGAGGAGGAGAUGAAGAGGGUACAACAGGAGGAGGAAGAAAGAAUGAAGGCUGCUGAAGCAGACGCGGCAGCAGAAGAAGAGAAAGAGAGAAUGAGAAUUCAGAGUGGAGAAGGGAGCAAUGGCGGCACGAUGAAGUGGGAGACAGAUACUGAGCUGGAGAAGAAGAUCAGCGAGUGGGUCGCUAAUUUAUUGUUGGGGGAAGACGAGGAGGCGGAGUCCUAUGUGACUAAGGAUGAGAAGGCUGCGCUGGCCGCUGAGCUAGCAGCCAUGACAAACCCAAUGGAACGAAGAGAUAAGGAAGACGAGCAAAAGUUAACAUGGAAGUUGAGAAUGAAGAGGGAGAAGAAGAGGAGGAGAGAGGAAGUGAAUAAGAUGACCGCAGCAGUGGCAAAGGUGCAGGAGUGUAGAGCUGAGGUGCUGGCCCAGCCAGAUGAUAAGGCCAAGUGGGACAAAGUACUGGGCUAUCUAGAGGUGUUGAGCAAGGCCUGGAUGGAAGAGCGCCAGGCAAGUUGGAGCCAAGAUGUAGCCUUGAGUGCCAUGCGGUCAGGGUUUAGAGACUUUGCGCGCGAGAUCGUCACCCAUAUUGGGGGCGAAGUCAAACAGUUGAGAGACAAUGUAGGGAAGUUUUGUGAGGGCGCCAUUCAGGGUGCCAAAGCUGUAGCCGCCGCAGAGGGAGAGGCCAGGCCCCGUAAGGACCCAGUGAACCUUAAGUUUCCGGAUGCGUACGGGGGAAAGAAGGAGAAAACUUUGACAACUGGGAAGCCAGUGUCAAUACGUUAUAUGAAUGACCUGUUUAGACCAUGGUUAGAUAAGUUUGUAGUAGUCUAUCUAGACGAUAUCCUAGUUUUUAGUAAGACCCUCCAGGAGCAUCAGGGUCAUCUGAGGCAAGUCUUGGAGAAGCUUAGAGAGGCUAACUUCAAGAUCAACGCGAAGAAGUGCGAGUGGGCCAAGACGCAAGUUUUGUACUUGGGCCAUGUACUAGACGGAGAUGGCAUCAAGCCAGAGGACAGCAAGAUCGCGGCGAUUAGAGAUUGGCCGACGCCCCGCACAUUGACAGAGUUGCGGUCGUUCCUAGGCUUAGYUAACUACUAUAGGAAGUUCGUGAGGAACUUCUCCACUAUUGCCGCUCCCUUGCGCCGAUUGCUGAAGAAAGAGGCAAUCUGGCAAUGGGACAAAGACUGUACGUCUGCCCUCAAGAAGCUAAAGCGCGCGUUAAUAGAGUACCCUGUCCUCAAAGUUGCAGAUCCGUCUUUGCCAUUUGUCGUCACCACGGAUGCGAGUCAGUAUGGGAUAGGCGCCGUGUUGCAACAAGACGACGACAAUGGCUAUAGACCCGUAGAGUUCAUGUCAGCGAGGAUGCCCUGUGAAAAGGUUGCUGCCUCCACGUACGAGAGAGAACUCUACUCUCUCAGGCAGGCUUUAGACCAUUGGAAGCACUACCUGCUGGGGAGGCACUUCAAAGUGUAUUCGGACCACGAAACGCUUAGAUGGUUAAAGACUCAGGCCAAGAUGACACCUAAGUUGACUAGGUGGGCCGCAGAGAUAGACCAAUUCGACUUUGAGCUCAAGCCAGUGAAGGGCAAGUACAACGUAGUUGCGGAUGCUCUGAGCAGACUAUCCAGUAUUGUUGCCAUUCUGUUCGCCGGGAUAACUAUGAAACAUUACACGUACCCAAACUUGUCAAAAGAGGCGCAAUCCAUCACCUCAUCAUACUUUAGCAUGCUGGCAAAGCUUGCGGAGACAUUUAUCUUCAUUUACAUGGGUGUGGCGGUCUUUUUGGAAACGCAGAGCUGGUCCAGCUACCAGUUUGCACUCUGCAGCAUUGCCAUCACUCUCUUAGCUCGUGUCUUUAACAUAUAUCCAUUGUCGUAUAUUGUCAAUCUCUUCAGAGAAAAGCAUCGGAGGAUACCAAUGAACCAUCGGCAUGCACUGUGGUUCAGUGGGCUUCGCGGUGCGCUGGCAUUUGCACUGGCUCUCGAGUCAGUUUCUGAUCUUCCUGAUGGACAUGGAAGGAUUCUAAUGACAUCAACACUCAUCAUGGUUCUAUUCACAGUGCUUUUUAUCGGUGGAGCAACACCCAUUAUGCUUCAGGUUUUGAAAAUAAAAUGUGGACAAGAAGCCGAAGAGACGGAAACCAGCCCUGGUGGUGGACCUGGUGGCCAUCCCCGGCUGUCAAUCACGUUGGGCCAUGAUGGCCGGUGCAAAUCUGCUGUUGAGGACAUGUUUGACGAUGAAGUUGACACAUUCCAUAAAAAGCUCAUUGAGCGACAUAAGGCAAAGAUGAGGAAAAGGAUCAAGAAACUCAAGGCAGACGCAAGGAAGCUGAGAAAGGAUGCAACGUUCACAAGUUUGGACAGGAAAUACCUCAAACCUUUCUUUGUCGGUUCCCAACCUCUGUCAGGGAGACAUUCAGACUCAGAGAUCCCAUCCAAUCGAGAUAGCCCAAAUGGUAGCGAUAUCCUCCUACUUCGCGCUAUGCUGGUUGUCACGUUGGAGGACGACGACGACCAUGAUGAUGAUGAUGAUGAUGAUGAUGAUGAUGAUGAUGAUGAUGAUGAUGAGGUGGUGAUUGUCAACUGUGGAGUAGAAGAGUGGCACUGUUACAUGCCCAGUUGGGCAAUAUACCUCGAAGACGAAGCUGGAGCUAUGGCGCUGCAGGCAAGUAUGGCAACGGAGGAAGAGGCAGAUAACCGUAAGAGUGAAGGAGGACCAGGCUUAGGAGGCAGUGCCGUACAAAGCGAAGAGGGGCAGAAGGACAAAGAAUCGAUAAAUCUGGAUGGUACCAAAGGAAACCGGAAGGAGAUCUCCUCAGGAGAAAGCUCGGGGAAAGCCGGGGGAAGCAGGCAAGGGACUCAGGAGACCAAGGAGGGCAAAAAUAAGGACAGGGCAAGCCCCCAAAACUCGGAAGGAGCCGUGUCUAAGAAACCGGAUCCGGCGAAAACGAACAAGAUAUCGCAGUGGCCAACCCCCCUUCGCACCACAACGGAAGUGAGAGCGUUCCUAGGCGUGGUCGACUUCUGGAGGAUCUUCAUUAAGAAUUUUGCCAAAAUUGCGGAGCCUAUCCGGGCUAUGAUCAGGGAGGAGGGAACCAUGGAUUGGACGGAGGAGCGAGAAGCAGCAGUCCAGAAGCUUAAGGACAUGUUGACAUCUGAGACAGUCGCCCUGUCCGCACCUUGUUUUAAUGACGAAGUAGGACGACCCUUCAUCCUAGAGACGGAUGGAGGACCAUUAGCCGUAGGGGGCGUAUUGAUUCAAAGGGAUGAGGGAGGAAAAAACAGGCCAAUUAGGUUCGAAAGUAGAACCCUGAACUCCGCAGAGUGGCGGUACUCGCAGUUCAAGAAGGAGGUCCUAGCCAUCUUGCACUGCCUUAAGACCUUUCAUGCCUACCUAUUUGGGAGGCGGUUCAUCCUUAGGAUCGAUCCAACGAAUGUUGCGGGGGCCCUAAAGAAUUACAGGCCUAUAGACCCGACAGUGGGGAGAUGGGUAGGAUUUAUCUGGCAGUUCGAUUAUAUAAUCGAACGAAUUGCGGGAAUUAGGAACAAGACCAAUGGGCUGAGCCGGGUCUGUAUCACUCUCGAAGGGGUGGAGGGUGCGAAGCCCAUAGACGCAUUCCUCGAAUACGAAGGAGGGACUUUUGCGGUAGAUAACGAAAUGAUGAGCAAGGAGUGCACAUCGGGAGAACUAUUGAUCCAGACUUUGGAGAAGGGGGCACCUGCCGUAGUAGCAGAACUUAGAGAAGGACCAGUCACCACUCGAGGACGUAGAGAAGAAAAUGACUCAUGGGGAGCGAUAGUAGGACCGAAGGAGGAACUAAUAGCAAUGGCGGUCGAAGGAGAUCGGGAAGCAGUGAUGAGUUUAGUGGAAUCUUGGGAAAGGAAAGAGUUGCAAUGGGUGGUAAACCAGAUGCAUGAAGGAAAGGAUCGGGGCCAGGAAAGGGAGGAGUUUUUCUAUGUCCAAUCAUACGAAGGGCUCUUUCGAGAGAUCGGGCUGUUGCUGGUAGGCAACAAACAACCUACGGAAGUCAGUAUUAAAGCAAGAGAAGAAGCCGAAAGAUAUAUCCUGGAUGCACGAGACAACUUGAGUGGGUUCGUGGAGGCGGUAACCCUCAAGAAAAAGACAGGGAGGAGUGUGGCGGACUGGAUAGAAGACUUCUACUUGAGGCAUCCUUUCGUCAGGAGGUUUAUAACAGAUAAUGGGACGGAGUUUGUGAACCAAGAAGUAUUGGGGAUGCUUAAGAGACUCUGCGUACCUAUCAAACUCAUCGAGCCGUAUCACCCUGAGGCCAAUGCACUUGUGGAAAGGGGCCACCGAACCUUGAAGAACACGAUUGCGAAGCUCGCAGCGGACCAUCUGGGGAACUGGCCUAGGUAUCUUAAGCAGGCUGUCUUUGCGGAGAAUAUGACCCCUAAAAGGACAACAGGAUGUAUCUCGACAGAACUUUGGUACGGAAGAGAGAUCGACUUUCCUGUGGAAGCCUUGGUACCUACCUGGAACAGGUUAGAUGAUAAUCCGCAAAUGACUACUGAAGAGUUAAUCGAGGCAAGAUGUCAACAGAUCCUUAAGAACGAGGAGGUCAUGGAAGACAUCGCUAACCGCGUACUAGACAGCAGAAUGAGGGACAAAGCAAGGCCUACUGGGGGGGAGGAAGCAGGACUAAGCCAAGGGAGGAGGGCAGCGAAGAGAAAGUUGUACAUAGGGCUCAUGGGUGGGCCAGUGGUAGGCAGGGGUGGAAGGAAAUGCUUGUGUAGGAAACCCUCACCCCUCCGCGAGGGAGAAGGUAUAGAAAUCUCGUCUGACAGUGAGGGAAGGAAGGAAGAGGCAGAAGUGGAAGAAGGAGGCAAUGCAGAUAUGAGAGAUAAGGAUCAUGUCUCUGACGAGGAAGGAGCCAACAGGGGCAAACGACGUGAGACUUGGCAUGGGGAAAGCGAGGGGGAACAAGACAUGCGCGACGAACAUGAGGAGGGUGAGGAGAGAAGGGAAAGCCCGCUUGAAGGACGAAGCGACCACGACAGUUGUGAACGGUAUGGGAUGGGGACAAAUAUUUCUUUUACCUACGAUCCGAAGAACCUUGCAGGUGGGUGUAGCCCCAUACAGACAAAAGACGAGGAAUACGAGGAGGAGGAUGUACGAGAAGUCAUAGAAAUCAGCAGUGAGGAUGAGAAGGAUGAGAUCUCAAGGCCUAGGGAAGAAGGGCGGCCUCCGAUGCACCAGCCGGGCGAUGGGGCUUUCGGAUGGGAGGACGAGUUUGGACCAACACCCAGUCAUUGGUUUCAGCAAUGGACCAAUGUGAUCAGRCACRAAUGGAUUAUCAAGACCCGGGAACUGACAAAGGCGGGAGUGGAAGCUACGCCGCUGGACUUCUUCAGUGAAAUUGAACUACAAGGAAUUGCAAGAAAGAAGAGAGAAAUCGAGACCUACGGCCUGGGGGUCAGGAAGCCUGCCGAGGAACAGGCUGCAGGCCAGGUAAGUCCUCACUUCAGCAGGCCACGUCAGGGACCCGCCGCGCAUGACCAUACUUACUCGCUCGCAGACAGCAGCGAUGCAUCAGAGGCCAGGCGAGACUGUCGAGGCCUACGAGGCACGACUGGCGGCCAUCACGACCGAAAGCAAGCAGCGAGCACAAGCAGCGGCAGCAGCACGGAAGAAGAGGGAAGCAGACGCCGAGAACAGCGGCAGAAGCACGCGGAAGCAGCAGCCAAGGCAGCGGAUGAGGAACGUACACGGCGACGUGAGAUUCUAUUCCGAGAGGAAAAUGCAUUAUACGCACAGGCCACCGAUUGGCAGAAGGAGGCCGAGAGCGGCGAUCCCAUCGACGUCGGGAGCAGAGUAUCUCAGCUGCUCAACUGCGUCACAGACCUCCUCUCGACUUGCAUCGCGCAACAGGAGGAUAUCCACUCUCUCGACAACACCAACAAGGCGUUACAGCAAUCAAUGGACCAGAUGCUCAAGCGCAUUCAGCAGUUGGAGCAGCAGGUCGCUAACGCCAAAGCCAACGUCGGCCCCUCCGAUCUCGCCGACCGCAUCAAUGUAUUGGAGAUCGAUGUGGGAACACUUAAGACCGGGGCACAGCAGCCCGACUCUCAACCCACGGACUUGUCUUCAGACCCCCGGGUGGUGCGGUUGCUCGACAAAUUUGCCGAUGUCUUCGAGUCACCUACCGGCGUGGUGCCGGAUCGGCCGAUCUCACACGAGAUCAUUCUUGAGGCCAGUGCCAAGCCGCCGAAAGGUUGCAUUUAUCGCAUGAGCGAGGAGGAACUUGCAGUACUCCUCGCGCAGCUCGACGACUUGUUGGACAAAGGCUGGAUCCGGCCUAGUAGCUCACCCUAUGGUGCGCUAGUUCUCUUCGUUCGGAAGAAGAACAAGGACCUUCGCCUAUGCAUCGAUUACCGCAAGCUCAAUGUGCAAAUCGUUAAGAACGCGGGACCUCUUCCUCGUAUUGACGACCUUCUGGAGCGCUUGGGCGGUGCGAAAUUCUUCUCUAAACUGGACUUGAAGUCGGGAUACAUUCAGAUCUCGAUUCGGCCGCAAGAUCGCUACAAGACCGCGUUCAAGACACGGUACGGGCACUUCGAGUGGGUUGUUACGCCUUUUGGACUCACCAACGCCCCGACGACUUUUCAAGCGGCGAUGACCAACGAGUUUCGCGCAAUGUUGGACCGGUUCGUGCUGGUCUACUUGGACGACAUCCUCGUCUAUAGCCGGACCUUGGAGGACCAUCUUGACCAUCUUCGACGAGUGAUGGAGACGCUCCGGCGCGCCAAGUUUAAAGCCAACCGCGACAAGUGCGAGUUCGUGCGUCAAGAGUUGGAAUACUUGGGCCACUUCGUCACUCCACAAGGCAUUAGUCCGUUGUCGGACAAGAUUCAAGCCGUCCAAGAUUGGCGGGAGCCACGGAACGUAUCGCGGAUUUACGACCCGCUACUGCCAACACGCGUCACCACGGAUGCGUCCGGCUAUGGCAUUGGUGCCGUCCUCGAGCAACAUGACGGCGUGGACUGGCACCCGGUCGAAUACUUCAACAAGAAAGUGCCCGCCGUGCAUUCCAUCGACGAUCCACGCAAGAAGGAACUUCUCGCCUUCGUCCACGCCCUCAAGCGUUGGCGACAUUUCCUCCUUGGUCGGAAAGCAUUCCGAUGGGUAACGGAUAACAAUCCGUUGGUAUUCUACAAGUCGCAAGACACCGUCAACAGCACCAUUGCUCGUUGGAUGACCUUCAUCGACCAAUUCGACUUCUUUCCCGAUCACAUUCCGGGGAAGUCAAACCGCUUUGUGGAUGCCCUUUCGCAGCGUCCGGACCACUACACCGCGGUCUACUCAACCUUCGAGAUCGAGGAUGACUUGCGGGACAGCUUCAUCCGCGGCUAUCAAGCCGACCCCGAGUUUCACGACAAAUACGCAAACUGUUCCUCUCCCAAUCCGGCGCCUUCAUACUAUCGGAUCCAAGAGGGAUACUUGCUUCUUCACUCGCGGGGGAAGGAUCUCCUUUGUGUGCCGCAAGAUUCCCACUUGCGCACCCGGCUUCUUGGCGAGUUCCUCUACGCCCCCGCCACCGGACAUUUUGGAGUCAAUCGCACAAUUGGCCGACUACGCGAGCACUUUUGGUGGCCCGGUCUUCUCGACGACGUCACGCGCUAUUGCGAGUCAUGCGAAGUUUGCCGACGUUGCAAACCUCGCAAUCAUCGUCCGUAUGGCGAACUGCGACCAUUACCGGUCCCCUUGUGCCGACGGGAAGCGGUUGCCAUGGACAUCACCGGGCCGUUCCCCAAGCACAAGACGGGCGUCGACGGGAUUCUCACGGUGGUCGACCGCCUCACCAAGUUUGCCAUGUUCUUGCCUUGCCGCUAUCACGCCAAGGCACCGGAAUUGGCCGAGGUUCUCUACACCGGUUGGAUUCGAACCAAGGGUUACCCCAAGGAAAUCGUAUGCGACCACGACACUCGGUUCAUGUCCGAUUUUUGGUUGGCGCUCAUCAAGCGAUGGGGCUCAUCCCUCAAGCCAAGUUCGGCUCGCCACCCCCAAACCGAUGGCCAAACGGAGAGGGCACAUCAGACCGCACAGGUCCUUCUUCGCACUCUCAUCCGUCCCGACCAAAAGGAUUGGGUCGAGCGGCUACCAGAUGUCGAGUUGGCUUACAACUCGUCCAUCCAUCCGGCCAUCGGGAUGUUGCCGUUUGAGUUUGAGCAUGGCUCGCCUGUCAACUCUCCAUUGGACACAAUCAUGCCACUGACAACCGAGAGCGACAACCACCUUCUCUUCAUUCGUCGGAUGCAAGAGCUUCUUGUCAAGGCACGCGACCAGAUGUCGAAGACGCAGCAACGUAUGAGCCAACAGGCCAACUGCCAGCGUCUUCCUUGUCCAUUCCGCGCAAGCGACCUCGUAUGGGUUUCCGCUGCAGAAUUCAGCCUCGAACAAGACAUCUCUCGCAAGCUCCUCCCGAAAUGGAUGGGGCCCUGGCCGAUCGAUGCACCCGCUGGGGACGCACCCGAAGGACCUUCAUUCGUCAUAAAGGUGCCCGCCCACUUGCCCGUUAACCCGGUCUUUCAUUGUUCCAAGUUGGCCCUCUACACGCCAGCGGAACUUGACGACUUUCCCGGGCGACGAUCGCAAGACCCACCCUCGAUGGACGGUUUCCAAGAGGUUGGCGACAUCAUAUCCCAGCGACGUUACAGCAACAGGCUGACUGAAUUUUUGGUCCACUUCGCAUAUUGCACCCAUAGAGCUGACCGAUGGCUGACUCGUGCGGAACUUCAGGCAACAGCGCCUGAUGCUCUCGCACGCUACGAACAGAAGUUGAAAGGCAAGCCGGCAUCUUCGGCUCCACGACGCAUACGCGUCCAAGUACCGGCUUCAGAUCGUCAGCUUCGCCCCCGACCGGCUUGACUUCAUAAGGAGGGGGGGGUGUUGCAUGCUGAGCCUGCACACGGGCCCCAUUUGAGGGGCCUGACGGUUGCUGAGAGGC